AUGUAUUCGAAUAAAAUCUCAUCGCAUCAUAUCAAUGAACUUCGUAAUAAACUAAAACAACUUCCACAUAUUCCAAUCAAUGCAGAACUUGAUAUUCUUAAACCUAUGGUACCACUAAAUUUAUGGAAGAAAACAAAUAAAACAAAAGAUGAUUACGCUGUACGUGUUGCUCGUUUAGUAUGGUUAAUAUGGAAAGAUAUUUAUUAUAUUUGGCCAGAUUUUCAUUUAAAUGAUUAUUGUCUUUUUUUUGAUUUGGAAAAAACCGAUAAAGAAUUUUAUUAUAUUAAUAAAGAAAUUGGUGAAAUAUAUAAAUAUUCGAAAACAAUUGAUUUACAUUCUGAUCUAAAUUUAUCUCAAAUACUAAAUAAUAAUUUAUAUUCAUCAAUUUUUAUUCAACAUCAUUCACAUGAUCAUUUUUUACAAAGAAAAUUUCUUUGGCAUCAAGAUUGGAUACCUGAAUAUCAUCUAAAGGAACCACAUUAUGAAGAUGAUUUUGAAUUUUUUAAAGAUAAUAUUUGUCUUGGACAAUUUGUAAGUAAGAGCAGAGGUGUACCGGGGCGUCAUGUUCCAUCCUUGAGUUAUGCUACAGCAGUUCUUAUUCGUGAAUGGUUAGCAGUUAAACAUCAAGAAUAUCAUAUACAAAUGGAGAAAAAUGAUUUUCAUCAUAAACUUUCAUCACUUAUUCGUGGAACAAAUCAAACUGAUAAAUAUGUUAAAUAUUUACCACCAACAGAAGUUCAACGUCUUCAUGUUGAAUUAUCGAAUUCAUUAUCUUGUGCUAUUCUUCAUUUAAAUGAUAAUCAAAUACAUUUAAAUGAUGCACUUGCUCGAUUAAUAAUAUUAAAAACUGAUUAUACAAAAGAAUGGUAUGAUAAUAAUUGGUAUUGUGAUUAUAAUGAUGGUCUUCUUCGUUAUCUUAUGAUGAGUAUAUCAUUACAUGCUACAUUUGCAAUGAAUUUAGAUUUAAAAUCAAAUUUUGAAUAUUAUCAAUUAUUUAUUCAACAUUUAUUAACUAAUUGUGAUAAUCCAUUUCAAGGACGUGUUUAUGAAUUAGCAUCAAUACAAUUUUUAACAGCUAUACUUUGUGAUCUUGGUGAAGAAGAUCCAAAUAUAUGGAAACGAUCGUAUAAUGGAAAAAUUUUACAUACAUUAUUUAAACACGGUUUAAAUUCAAAUGCAAUUAAACCUGAAAUACGUCAUAAUGCACAAAUUGAAGAAUUCUUUUCAACAAUAAUUAUUCAAUCUUAUCAUCAUUUUAGUCUUUUUGCCAAACAAUUACAACAUAAAGGAGCAAAAUUUCUUAUUCUACCAAAUGAAAGUAAUUCAAUAAAAUCUUCGAAUAUUUCAUAUUAUGUUCCAGCAAUAAAACAUUUAUUAAAUGGUAAUAUGUGGACGAAAUAUAUUCAUUAUUUAGAUUAUUCAUCAGAAUAUGGUACUGUUAAAUUACGUAAUAUGUUUAUUGGUGAAAUAUGUCUUGUACAUCAUCAUGUUUUUAUUAUACCAUUACUACAAGAUACAGUUACGACAAAUAAUCAUCAUUUGAUUAUACAUUCUGAUCAAAUUGAAACAAAUAUAAUUGUUCAACAACAAGAAAAUUCUAUAAAUAAUCGUCAUAUUUAUUUUGUUGUUCAUAGUCAUAGACAAAAUGACUAUUCGAUGAUUUUAGUUCAAUCGACUAAUUCAAACAAUAAAUGUGUUCUUCUGUAA